GUCUCCCUGAACUGCACAAACGAUUUUCCUUUGUCGACAAGCCAUCGCUUCAUCUCGAUGCUGCCACUUCUUCGCGUCGUGACCAUCGCAGUGGCGGUGGCAGCCACAAUCUGUGCCCCGGUCGAGGCAGCCAAUCUUCGUGGAAGUGCCAGCGUCCCCAAGUACGACUGCAGUGCCCCACCGUCGAUUUAUCAAGGCUCCGUGAAAUUCUCAAACACGACUCCGGGUUCGACGGCAACAUAUUCGUGCAUGAAAGGCACGAACAUGAAGGGAUCGGGAACACUUCGCUGCACGAACCAAGGCAUUUGGUCGCCACAACCGCCUGAAUGCCGCGUCACGUACCUGGCAUCAAGGGACAACACGUUCAGGAACCACGACAGUGGGUAUGCACUUUACUCCGGCUAAGGAUCUCGAUAAAAUACCAUAAAAUCCAUCCAAUUGAAUAUCGUGUUACGAUACUUUAGUUUCCA